UUCCACAACGAACAGGAUAAAGAUGAUUUGCUUCAGCAUUUUAUUUGCUUUUGGUAAGUCAAUUCACCUUUGCAAUCAAUUUUCAGAUAUACUAUCGUUGUUUUGUGUUUCGGGUGCAAAGCAUUUGCAGAUGGGCAUGUAAUUUAAACAGAGGCUAUCAAUGCACGCAAACAACUAAACCAUACCUUACAGUCGAGUUUGUCGAUGUGAUAUUACUUCAUUAAUGCUAUUGGCUUGUUUUCAGCCUGUGCAAUGAUUUCGAUAUUUGCGAUGGCUUCGUUUCUGAUCUUUCUUUCGAAUCUUAACACUUCUUUAACGGAGUAUGUAGAAUGUUCGUCGCCCUGGAGCGUUGAGGUUGCAUGUUUCCCUAACUCGCUCGGUUGCGUAUAUCAUUCACAAAGUUGGCAGAGUUACUUUCAUUGAUCCACUGGCAUUUCAAAAUUUCACUUUCUUGUUAAGAUAUUCCUUCAGAACUUUUAUUAAAGCACUGGCGAGAUCGCAAAUUGGAGUAAUUUUCAGUCAGUUAUUUCUAGGAAACGAGUCUCAAAAUCGCAUAUUUGACACAAACGUCCACACGCUUUUAAUUGAUUACACCAUUUAUUUCAAUUCAGCAUGUAAUUUGUUAUCUUAAAAACAGUGUUUUAAUGGCACUGUCUUGCAUCUUUACAUUUUAAGUGAAAUUUAGCGAAAUAAUGGUACCUUUGGAAAGAGUAAAGUAUCUCUUUUUCCAAGAAUCGUAAAGCGAUCAAUUAAAACGUUUCGUCGUCCUUGAAUGUUAAGGUUCCAUGUUUACCUAACUCGCUCACUUGCUUAUUCCGUGUACAAAGUUGUCUGAGAUACUUUUGUUCAUCCAUCAUUUUAAAAUUUCACUUUCUUGGAAACAUGUUUCUUUGGACUUUGCUUUAAGCACUCGAGGGAUCGCUAAUCAAAGUAAUAUUUCCCCCUUCUUUUCAGUCAGGGAUUUCUAUGAAAUGAGCCUUUAAAUUGUCUGAACAAGCAUUUACCAGUUUUUACUUCACUUCCCCCUAUAUUUAUCAACUCUGCAAUGUAUUAUCUACAAAAAGAGUAUUUUUUAUGGUACUGUCUUGAAUCUAUAAAUUGAAGGUGAAAUUAACUGAAGUGAAGGUACCUUUGAAAAGCAAAGUGUAUUUUUUUCCAAGAAUCCUAGUUCAUCAUGUCUUUCCGCGAAGCACGCGAUAGCUCUUUGCAUGAUGACUGGAAAAGCAAUUCAAAGAAACACUUAGAGCAGUCAUCCUUUAAUAACUCUCCUAGAAAUGAGUAGAAUUUCUAUCAUUUUCCUCGUUCUAAAACGUGGAGGUUGCAUGUUCGCGCUCAGUUGCGUAUUUCGAUCACCAAGUUGGCUGAGUUACCUUCGUUGAUACACGGGCAUUUGAAAAUUUCACUCUCUUGUUAACACAUGCCUUCAAACCUCUCUUAAAACACUCUAGAGAUCGCCAAUAAGAAUAAUAUUUAUGCCCUUCUUAUCGGUCAGCGAUUUCUACGAAACGAGUCAGCAAAUAGCAUGUCUGAAGAAUCAUUUCGUACUUUCUUCAUUACUCACGUUUAUUUAAUCCAGCAUGCAAUUUACUACCAGCAUGCAAUUUAAGAAGCAAAUUUAAAUCAGUGUUUAGGGAGAGCCUUGCGUGUUUACUUUACACAUGGGAAAAACGUUGAACCACUAGGGAAAGACGAAGUCACGAAAUGUGAUACACGAUCUUUAAAAGACAUAAUAACCUCCACACAAGUCUCGUGCUAAUUUAGUAGCACAAAAAACAGUAGUGAUACAGCGUUAGACUGAUAAUCCAACCAGUCGACAUUUUAAUGCAAACAGAUAAGACAAUCAUCGUUAUCGUAAUUUAAGUCUGGCAGGAAGAGAAUAAGCUGUGGGUAAAGUAUUAAUCCAUGAGCACAUCGGGUUUUUCAUUUGAAGUCCAGUUUUUCUUGUUAAGUUUCAUAAUCCACAGGAAAUCCAACGACGGUUUGAUCAAAGGCUCCUUGAAGUCACCUGAUGCAUUGUACAAUUACCGUAGAGAUUUGGCACCGCUUUUAAGAGGAAAACGUGUUCUCUCGUGAAAAUUUGAUGUCAAACUCGGGGGGCAGUUCACAGCCAAGUAUCAAAGUGAAAAUGAUUCAAAAAAGCCAUAUUUCCUUGUUUAUAUUUAGUUAAUUUAAGUACUCAAGGCAAUGACUGUAGUUUAAUGACUUUCGUAAGAUGUGGUGCAGCGGAGAGAGCAGGGCUGGCUCUUGAAAAAGAGCCGUUUAACUCAAUUUUACCCCUUUUCUAUUCUUCGCUUUCGCUGUCUGUUUGAGUCUGUUUCGAACUCGUUGUUUAUGAAGUCUUCAUCGCCAUUUUCUUCUCUAUUGCCACUUUAAUUAAUUCAAUUCUAUCUCUUCUCUAUUCUUCGCUUUCGCUCUCUGUUAAAGUCUGUUGCGAACUCGUUGUGUAUGAAGUCAUCAUCGCUGUUUUCUUCCCUAUAACCACUUCUUUCCCACACCGCCUCGCCUUCGGGUCUCAUCGAGAGUAUUCUAAAUGCCACAGGUCUUUAAGGACUCCAUGAUCGACUCUGCUGGAAUUUUCGAAACUCCGAUGCGAAUUUAAACAGCUCCGCUGAAAAGCAGAUGCACAGUAACGUGAGACUUUGCCAUCUCCUUUAACAUAAAUGAGCAGAUGAGAGUCCUUUUAUUCGAAAGUCAGAUCAAUUUCGGUAUCUUGACAACUGGGAUCAAUAUCAGUAUCUAGGCAACUGCCCCCCUACCCCUCCCCUAACUCAACAACAGUCAAUUGACGACAAGUUAAGGUUAAUGUUGGGUUAGGAGAAGGGUAGGUAACCAAAGGCUCCUUGGCGCUACCUCAUGCAUAGGGUUUCAACAUUCAAACGUACCUUAUAGAUGACCGGUUGAUAAAUGACUUAAAAAGCGUCGUCCGCAACACUUAAAAGAAACGAUGCAAAAACUCGUGAUUCGUGAAAUUGUAAACCAGCCUAAGGCGUGAUUUGCCUCUUCAAUAACCUUGAAACUUAAGAUCUCCCUGAACCUUGGUUCUUAGGUAAAGAGAUUUGAAGACUUCUCCUUUAAAUACGUCACGCGUUGAACUGUGUGACGCGUGAAUUUUUUGUGUCUACUGCUUUUGAAAGCAUUGAACAUUACAGUCGUUGAAAAAGUCGAGCGCGUAAGUAAACAAUAGAAUCACUCUGUAAACAAUCAGUCUCAGGCCUAAACAAUUGAAAAAAAGAACCGCUUUGCGAAUUCGGGAAUUUUCGCUUGCAAUCAAAAAUGUUCCAACCGAUCUUCGUUCCCGUUGGCUUAGCACAUAAGUCGCUGAGGAAUGCCAGGAAUAGCGUGUCCCCGCGGCCGACUUUAAACAGUUUCAAGUCGGAUUUUCCGUUUUUUCCGAUCGAAUUAGCUCUUUGGAGCUCAAAAUGAAAGGGAACAAUGUUACAGACUACUCUGCGUAAAAAAGCCACAGAGUAAGCUGUCGAGUUAAACGACACUUCGAUUCACCGAAGUGAUGCGAAUUAUGGCUUAAAGGGAAAAUUGAAGUUUCGGAGUUCGCGUGAGGCUGAGUGAAUCCAAGGCCCGCUAAAUAUUAUAUUUAAAUAAUGAAAUGUCAGAGAGGUUUUUUUUUUUUUUUUUUUUUAAUAGAAGAGUUUAUCAAAGCAUAAAACUUUCAGAAUUUUCAAGAUGAUGCUACGCAACUUCUGGCUGUGAGGUCAAGUACAUAAUGAUCUAGGCGUGGUGAAAUCUACAGCGCGGUUUCUUACCCUAAAGAAGUUCGCUUUUCGCUUUUAACGGCAAAUCAUAAAACUGUUUUUGAAAUCUUCAAUACCACAUUAAAAGAUCACUUCAUGGAGUUUACAUAGUGGUAAUGCUUUCUAUGACCAGCUCAAUUAUUACGGUUAACGGGCGUCUAGCGAACGUACCAGUAGGUUUUCCAGACUUAAUUGCUCAGCCAGCGGUGUAUGAAAUACAAGAAGAACUAAGUUAAGCAAAAGUAAAGUACAACGAUAACAAGGCAGGUAAAUGAAAGGCGAACAAAGAAAAGAUAACAAGGACAUACGUGACAGUUAGGAUACUUGUAUAAAACGACAUACAGACACUCUCUAGAAAAAUUUGACCAAUUGGCGCGAAGCUUAUUCGAUCUACAAAUGUUGCGUGGAGAUGGAAGUUAGGAAACCGCUGAAAGACUUUUCAACAGGAUCCAUUUUGAAUCCUGGUCAAGUCUAGUUACAGGGGGGUGGGAGAAUUCGAGAAAGUUAUGGGAACCCAAAACGCAGUCGAGAGUUUUCAUGACUUUCUUGAGCGUCUCACGGCUCCCCAACUCCAAUUAGCUGAGGCUAUGUAAACACGGAAAAGCCCUCUGAUGUUCAAAUAUCAUGUAUUUCUUCCUGUUUCUGAUAAAAAAUAUAUUUCAAUAAAUAAUAUAUACGAGGACUCGCCUGGUCGGCUGUUAUGGGAAAAUCUCAACCGGCAUAGCUGUUUCGGCUUCGCUGCUUGCUGAUUAACAUCAUUCUGGUUAAUAAGAAGUUAACUGGUUAUGUCUUUCAAUUUUUAUUCCCUUUUUUUGUUUUGUAUUUAAUAUUAUACAGUUUUUCUCGUCGGAAACGUUGCCACCUCUACUGACGUGAAAGUGGGCUCCUGUACUUUCAAGGAGGACUUCUGCAGAAAUCGUAAAUGCAAGACUUCUUUUUUUAAAGCAUUUCAGAAAGACCCAAACGCAGAUUGUAGGUAAGUAAGUUUAAAGAGCGGCGUUUCCUAAAGAUGUUAGCAUGCCGAAUACCAAACAGCUUUUGCAACAAAUCUGUGGAGCUAGGAGUAGCAUUUUUUCCAGGCCUGAUUUAUUUCUGUAGUUUAUUAUAUCUGUUCGCUUAACUCUUCUCUAUCCUAAGCCAUUCUAAUUUCUUUUGUGAGAUUUUGUCUUUUUUAAGUUCUCCUUUUUUUUUUUUACCUAUCUGUUUUUCUUUCUUUCUUUCUUUCUUUCUUUUCUUCUUUCUUUCUCUCUUUCUUUCUUUAUUUCUUCCUUCUUUCUCUCUUUCUUUCUUAAUUUCUCUCUUUCUUUCUUUCUCUCUUUCUUUCUUUCUCUCUUUAUUUCUUCCUUCUUUCUCUCUUUCUUUCUUAAUUUCUCUCUUUCUUUCUUUCUUCUUUCUUUCUUUCUUUCUUUCUUUCUCUCUUUCUUUCUUUCUCUCUUUCUUUCUUUCUUUCUUUCUUUAUCUCUUUCUCUCUUUCUUUUUUCUUUCUUUCUUUCUCUCUUUCUUUCUCUCUUUCUUUCUUUCUCUCUUUAUUUCUUCCUUCUUUCUCUCUUUCUUUCUUAAUUUCUCUCUUUCUUUCUUUCUCUCUUUCUUUCUUUCUCUCUUUCUUUCUUUCUUUCUCUCUUUCUUUUUUCUUUCUUUCUUUCUCUCUUUCUUUCUUUCUCUCUUUCUCUCUUUCUUUCUUUCUUUCUUUCUUUCUUUCUUUCUUUCUUUCUUUCUUUCUUUCUUUCUUUCUUUCUUUCUCUCUUUCUUUUUUCUUUCUUUCUUUCUUUCUUUCUUUCUUUCUUUCUUUCUUUCUUUCUUUAUCUCUUUCUCUCUUUCUUUUUUCUUUCUUUCUUUCUCUCUUUCUUUCUUUCUCUCUUUCUCUCUUUCCCUCUUUCUCUCUUUCUUUCUUUCUUUCUUUCUCUCUUUCUUUUUUCUUUCUUUCUUUCUCUCUUUCUUUCUCUCUCUCUUUCUUUCUUUCUCUCUUUCUCUCUAUUUUUUUUCUUUCUUUCUUUCUCUCUUUCUUUCUUUCUCUCUCCCUUUCUUUCCUUCUCUCUUUCUCUCUUUCUUUCUUUCUUUCUUUCUCUCUUUCUCUCUUUCUUUCUUUCUUUCUUUCUUUCUCUCUUUCUCUCUUUCUUUCUCUCUUUCUUCUUUCUUUCUUCUUUCUUUCUUUCUUUCUCUCUUUCUCUCUUUCUUCUUUCUUUCUUCUUUCUUUCUUUCUUUCUCUCUUUCUCUCUUUCUUCUUUCUUUCUUCUUUCUUUCUUUCUUUCUCUCUUUCUCUCUUUCUUUCUUUCUUUCUUUCUCUCUUUCUCUCUUUCUUCUUUCUUUCUUCUUUCUUUCUUUCUUUCUCUCUUUCUCUCUUUCUUUCUUUCUUUCUUUCUUUCUCUCUUUCUCUCUUUCUUUCUCUGUUUCUUCUUUCUUUCUUCUUUCUCUCUUUCUUCUUUCUUUCUUCUUUCUCUCUUUCUUCUUUCUUUCUCUCUUUCUUUCUUUCUUUCUUCUUUCUCUCUUUCUUCUUUCUUUCUCUCUUUCUUCUUUCUUUCUUUCUUUCUUUCUUUCUUUCUUUCUUUCUUUCUCUCUUUCUCUCUUUCUUUCUCUCUUUCUUCUUUCUUUCUCUCUUUCUUUCUUUCUUUCUUUCUUCUUUCUUUCUUCUUUCUCUCUUUCUUCUUUCUUUCUCUCUUUCUUCUUUCUUUCUUCUUUCUCUCUUUCUUUCUUUCUUUCUUUCUUUCUUCUUUCUUUCUUCUUUCUUUCUUUCUUUCUUUCUUUCUUUCUUUCUUUUUCUUUCUUUUUCUUUCUUUCUUUCUUUCUUUCUUUCUUUCUUUCUUUUCUUUCUUUCUUUCUUCUUUCUUUCUUUUUUUUCUUUCUUUUCUUUCUUUUUCUUUCUUUCUUUCUUUCUUUCUUUCUUUCUUCUUUCUUUCUUCUUUCUCUCUUUCUUCUUUCUUUCUUUCUUUCUUUCUUUCUUCUUUCUUUCUUCUUUCUCUCUUUCUUCUUUCUUUCUUUCUUUCUCUUUUCUUUCUUUCUUCUUUCUCUCUUUCUUCUUUCUUUCUUUCUUUCCCUCUUCUUUCUUUCUUCUUUCUCUCUUUCUUCUUUCUUUCUUUCUUUCUUCUUUCUUUCUUCUUUCUCUCUUUCUUCUUUCUUUCUUUCUUUCUUUCUUCUUUCUUUCUUCUUUCUCUCUUUCUUCUUUCUUUCUUUCUUUCUUCUUUCUUUCUUUCUUUCUUCUUUCUCUUUUUCUUUCUCUCUUUCUUUCUUUCUUUCUUUCUUCUUUCUCUCUUUCCUUCUUUCUUUCUUUUUCUCUUUCUUUCUUUCUUCUUUCUUUCUCUCUUUCUUUCUUUCUUUAUUCUUUCUUCCUUUCUCUCUUUCUUUCUUUUUCUCUUUCUUUCUUUCCUUUUCUUUGGAAUUGAAGACACUUUUCCGUGCCGCAAAAAAUACAUCAUACCCUCGCGGCUCGACUCUUGGCCAUCAUAGUUUUUGUCUUAUCCCUACAGCGCGGAGGUCAGCAAAUUUAAAAAUUGUAUGGUUGACGUGAUGAAGUUUUGUAUGAAAGACCUAUUGAGCGAAAGCCAAAUCAAAGUGAUCGUUAACACCAGCGUGAAGAAAGAUCAACUUUGUGACGGAGGUUAUAAUGCGGAAUCCCCCACUACGCCACCAGGCAGUACCAUUUGCUCCGAAUCAUAUAACAAUGAUGUACAAAAUUGCAUGCGAUCCUUUCAUCAAAAAUAUAUCAAGGACAGAUCAGAUCCCGCUCUUUGCUCGUAAGUUGAAUGAAUAUGCCUUUAUAUCUUUGAUUGCAAGUGAAGUGAAAUGAGAUGAAGGGGAAAGGGGAAGGAGGGGGGAGAGGGGGGUGAAGGGGGAUGGGGUUAAUAUAACCCGGUGCCAGUUUUUGUUUGCUAUCCUUGCUUGAAACAUAUGCGAUUAAUGUUGAACCCAACUUCACACCAACCAGGCAAAAGACAGAAUACCUUUCAAAUUGGGUAAAUACACAGCUUUUUUACACAACUUAAAUGUCGCAUCACAACGUUAUCUUCAAUAUAGUCCCGUUCUUCCUCUCUUUCAAUCCCUUGAUUGUUAUCAUUGGAUUCUAUUGCUUUUCAUCCAGCUAGGAUUCGAGUCCGUCAUGGUAAAAACUUAUUUCUUUCCUCCCUUCUCCCAUCGAAUUUCCUUCGAUUUCUCUGACAGUUCACCUGUAUUCUUUCGUAUUCCUGAGUGGGUGGGAUAAGAGUGAGAAUUUAGUAUAUGCCAAUGACAACUUAUGAUGACCAACCGAGGGCUGGACAUUUUCCUCUCUUUAAAGAAGCCAGCGCGCCUAACAGUAUGCCACCACUUUACUCUUUAGAGAGCUUUGACUUUUUCAAGUAAUCUUCCUGAACAAUUUAUUUAUCAGAGGAUAUGCUGAAACAAAGAAGUGUUUAAGGGACCUGAUCGAUUCUGACUGCAACUACACAGCCGAAACCAAAAAAAUGUUGGACUUCACGUCUUAUGGUGUCUACAAUCCUUUCUGCGCAGACAAUCGGGACCCUGGGGCCACCAAAAAUGAUCAGUGCUAUAGCGUGGUGGAUGAUGGCGUGGUGGAUGAUGACAAUGCAGCCGCUGGAACCAAGCCCAGCGUAUUCCAGACGCUGAUGUUUACUAUCUUUCUGUUUUUGUUCCUCUUUAAAGCUUAA